GUGAUAUUCCAAAUUGGUGCAAGAAGAGACCCGUUGUGAAAUUCUUCACCCGGGCGAAUCGCUUAGUGGAGCUUUGAAUGUCGUUGCAUAUGGUAGUGCACAACCGGCCGAACAAGGUACGGUCCAUUUGCUACCGCUUCGACCUGAGCAUUAUUCGGUCGGGAUCCAUUAUGUGGUUGCCGGGUUCGAGGACAUCCUAAUACCUGUGCCCGUAGAGGAGGAUGAGUUUACUACACUUUGGGCGGCAAAAGGUAGUUUUGUGCAAUGGCCAUGUGCUUGGAUACGGUUGAUGAACCAGCCAUCGAGGAAAAGCCAAACUCCAAAGAAGAGGGUGGAUGGGCCAAAAAGCAUUGAUCAAACGAUGCCAAAGAAGAAGAGUGAACAUGGCUCGGUGAGUGGAAAAGCGUCGAACAAGAGCUCUUCACGAGGUUCAGCUACUCCACUAGUUGAAGACACGGUGCUUCAAUCGCUCUCUAAGGAGUUAACUUAUCUACACAACCGUGUUUGCGUGUUACCUAGUGAUAGCCCCAUUCAAGUUCCACUACCUAAGGAAAUGUUCCACUACGAUGAUGAUGCAAUGGCAUGUCUAUUCAAAGAAGAUGUGAAGGAAUUUCUAAGUGGUGCAAUGUUUAACAUUUCCCUCAUUCAAAUAUGCAUCAGGUAAUUCAACUAGUACUCAAUUUAUGUUAUUCA